GAUUGCCUUAAAAUCUCAUCUGCUCCCCAGUGGUUUCUGAUUUUUGGUUGGUGUUUUUUUGUGCUAAGAAUUGACCAUGACUGGGAAGAGCUGCCUUGUUACUGGAGCAGGAGGGUUUCUGGGUCAAAGGAUCAUCCGUUUGUUGAUGAAGGAGGAUUUGCAGGAGAUUCGAGCCCUUGACAAAGUUUUCAAACCAGAAUUGCGGGAGGAAUUUUCCAAAUUCCAGAGCAAUGUCAAGCUGACUGUGCUGGAAGGGGACAUUCUGGAUGAGAAGUGUCUGCAGAGAGCCUGCCAGGGCAUGUCAGCCGUCAUCCACACUGCCUGUGUCAUUGAUGUCACAGGACAUGUCUCCAGAGAAGUCCUUAUGAAUGUCAAUCUGAAAGGUACCCAGCGUUUGUUGGAGGCCUGCAUCCAGGCAAAUGUGCCAAUCUUCAUCCACACCAGCACUGUAGAGGUGGCUGGGCCCAACUCUUAUAAUGAGAUUGUCCAGAAUGGCCACGAAGAAGAAAAUCGAGAGACAGUAUGGACCUGUCCCUACCCAUAUAGCAAGAAGCUGGCAGAGAAGGCCGUGUUGAUGGCCAAUGGGUGGGCUCUUGAAAAUGGCAGCACCUUGUCCACCUGUGCUUUGAGGCCCAUGUACAUCUAUGGGGAAGGAAGCCAGUUCCUUUAUUCUUUCAUAGACCAUGCCCUGAAAAACAAUGGCAUCCUGACACAUAACAGCAAGUUCUCUCUCACCAACCCAGUCUAUGUUGACAAUGUGGCCUGGGCCCAUGUUCUGGCUUUAAGGGCCCUAAUGGACCCUAUAAAGGCCCCAAAUGUCCGAGGGCAAUUCUACUACAUCUCGGAUGACACGCCUCAUCAAAGCUAUGAUGAGCUCAAUUACCAGGUAGGCAAAAAGUGGGGCUUUGUCCUUGAUUCCCGAAGGAGCCUCCCUCUAUUCCUGCAGUACUGGCUGGCCUUCCUAUUGGAAAUCAUGAGCUUACUGCUCCAGCCCAUCUACAGAUUUGUACCCCCCUUCAGUCGCCACUUGGUGACACUGUUAAAUAGUGUCUUCAUCUUCCCCUAUGAGAAAGCAAAGCGGGAUCUGGGGUACAAGCCACUUUUCAGCUGGGAGGAGUCUAAGGAGAAAACCACAGCAUGGGUUGGGUCCCUGGUGGAACAGCACAAGAAGUCCCUGCAAACCAAGAGUCAGUGAGUUGAAGCGGGGGCUGGGGGUGGUGGUGACAAAGUUGUGGGUUAUGGAUAUUGCCAAGAGAGUCUAAUCAAGCUCUCACCCCUUCUGGUGUAAUACACAAAGCUACACAAACACAGACCCAGGUCCUGCUGCCUCUUGGUACAAGGUCACCCAUUCAUUUAAGGGUUUGUUUUGGUUUGUUUUGGUUUUUUGUUUUUUUCCGCUGUUAGAAGCUUCCUGUCUUCCUCCCCACCCCACCCCUCAGGUGCAUAGAGGAAAGGCGAGAUGAUCUGUUAUAGCUGCUCAUACUAAAACCUUAGUUGCUGAUUCUGAGCUCUUCGGUGCUCUUAGAGUUGUUCCUGUUACAUUUCCUUUAUUAAAUGUACAAGCAUUUCUUUUC